AUGGGACGUACAGAGUUUUCAUUUAUCCAAGUUCCUCAACGAUUAGGCUAUUUAUAUUUAAUUGAUAAUAACCUCCAAAGUUUCUCUUCAAACUUGCCAAACACUUUAAGAACUUUGGUUAUUAAUUUUAACGCCAACUUUAAAGGUCCCAUUACUGAAUCGUUCUGUGGAAUUACCGAUUUGGACAUCCGCAACACUUCAGUUCCAUCACUUCCAGAUUGUUUCUUGUGUUACUAUAAUGGUUCUCAAAAAUACAUAUAUACUGAUUUAGUGGCUGGCUGUCCCAUUACUAUUAAUAACAAAGAUAAUCUUUUAAUUACUCAGAAGAAUAUUGCUACUAUUACUGGUAACAACAUUGGAUAUGGAUCUAGUCAAUCAAAUUAUACUAUCAGCCAAGUAAUACCAAACCAAGAAUUGAUAUUCAAAUAUACGGGCGCAACACCAUUACCAUAUAUUCCAACUCAAGUUACAAUCAAUUUGAACCCACACACAGUAAAGAUGAUGAUUGUCAAGGUUGAUAUCUAUGUUGGUCAACCGACAGGUGUACAAAUCAAAAACAACACUAUUAUCAAUUUUACAUUGGAUUAUAGUCCAUAUUUUAAUCACACUAUAACAAUUGAUAAUAGUACAGCUUGCACCAAUCUAACAAAUAUUGCUUCAAACCAAUUCCAAUGUACAACACCUCUUCUAUCGAAUGGAGAUCAUCAAUUAGUAGUUUCAAACUCAUACACACAAUCAGAACAAGUACCAUUUACAUUUUACUCACUUGCCUAUAUCUGUGAACAAUCAACCAAUAAUUGUCAUGGGAAUAGAAAAUGUGAUGAUGGAAUAUGUAUUUGUAAUAGUAAUUCAUUUUACAACGAUUGUUUAAAACCGUAUCCAAUUAUCAGUUCAGGAAAUUAUAAUUCAACAAACAAUAAGAAUGUUGAAUUGAAUGGUGAUUUUGGUCCAUCGAUAUCCAACACUUCACACAACAACAAAUUAUCACAAUUCCAAAUCAAUUGUACACUUGAUCAACAACCAUCAUUUGGAUUGGCUUCUGUUCAACUGAAAUUGAAUAAUCAUUUAAUUACAUUGGCUAGAAAUAUAUUAAAUCUUAAAUCACCACAACCACAACAACCAUCUGAUGGAGUAACAAAAUCAGAUUGUGAGUCGAAUACAUUUAAUUGUUAUGGUCAUGGAUAUUGUGAUGAUAGUGGCAAAUGUCAAUGUCAGAAUGGUUACAGUGAUAUUGAUAAUUGUUUGACUAAAUACAUCAACAGAACGAUACACCAAAUACAACCGACCCCAACAGUAUCAUUUGAUAUUGAUGGGCUUGAUUUUCUAUUUGAAGUACUAUCAACAAUAUCAUUCUCUACACUUGCAAGAACAGUUGAAUUUGGAGGAAAACAACUAUUGAUCAAUGCCAAUUCUAUCAAACUAGAGGUCAAUAUCAGCAAGUGGCAAUACUCAUCAAACCUAUCAACACUUCGAGUUGUAUUCAAAACAUUGAUCAACAACAACCAAUCUAUCCAAUAUGAUUGUAUCGACAAAGAUAUCUCAACAUUUAGUUAUGAUUCAUUGUCAUCGUUGCAAUAUCUCAGAGUAGUCAAAGAUGGAAUCCAAUUCAACGGUCGAUUCAUUGAUGUUGCAUUGUCUGAUGGAAGACCAACCUAUUCACCAACUCAACUCAUAUCAUCAACACCAAUCAACGAUGAACAAUCAAUUAGUAUACUCGACCCUGAUUUCGGAGCACUAGUUAUCAAUCCAGAUGGUUCUGGUAAAUGUGACGAUGUAUUAUUACCUAACCACAAUUGGAAGAUUAUUAUGAUUGUCGUUUGUGUAUCAUUUGUAUCCAUCUCUAUUAUAUUUGUAGCAGUAAAAGUAUUAAAAAAGAAGGUACAAUUUAAAUUAUCAAAAAGAUUAAACAAGAGUUUUAAAAGUCGUGGCAGCAGCAGAGGUUCUGCUCAAAUGGUUCCAAUACCAAAACUCAACACCCAACAACAAAUCAAUAUGAAACCAGUACAAUCCAUUAUAUCAGAUUGGAUAUCAUUUGAAAAAGAGGAGAGAAUGAAAAGAGGAGCAAAUACAAAUACAAAUACAAAUAAUAAUAAUAAUACUGCACAAAAGAAAGCAGGAGGAUGGGCAGGACCUGCAGCAGGACCUGUUAAAAAGACUAAAUAUCAAGGAGGAGGUGAAGACGAUGAAUACGAAGAAGAAGAAGAGGAAGAAGAGGAAGAUGAUGUUGACUUUGGAGGUGAUGAUGAUGAUGAUGCUAUGGAUCAAGAUGAAGAUGCUGAUGGAGUCAAUGUAGACGACGAUGUAGAUAUGGAUGGUUCGCAACAACAACAGUUACAACUAUGGUCAAGAAAGCCUGUUCCUGACAUGCACCCUCUCAAAGACAAUUUCAUCUUUCAACAAUUAGAAGUAGAUUAUUGCGAGGUAAAAGAACCUCUUUCAGGUAUGCCUGGCCCAAAGACUGGACCAGUACCUGUCGUUCGUCUCUUUGGUAUCACCAAGACCGGUAACAGUGUACUCUGCAAGGUUCACGGUUUCCUACCAUACUUUUUCAUUGCUUGUCCUCCAGGAUUCACUGUUAGAGAUUGUAAAGAGUUUAGAGAAACUUUAGAUGAAGUAAUGUUUAGAUAUACAACCAAUAACAAUGUAGAAAACAUUAUAUUAGGAAUUGAAAUUGUUAAAAAGAAAUCGAUUCUUGGAUACAAUCCAAACCCAUUGUCUGAUUUCAUCAAGAUCACACUGGCAAUGCCAAGAUAUGUUACAAAGUGUAGAGAUAUUCUAGAGAAUGGAAUGAGAUAUGGUUAUAACGUACCAACACAAGAAAUUAGAGUAUACCAAACAUUUGAAUCAAAUAUUCCAUUUGCUCUUAGAUUUUUAAUUGACAAAAAAGUACCAGGAUGUAGUUGGGUUGAAUUACCAGCUGGAGGUUAUCAAAUAUCACAAAACAAAGUAUCAACAUGUCAAAUUGAAGUAGAUACAAGUAUAGAUGAUUUCAUGUCACAUCCAAUCAAUGAACAAUGGUCAGAUAUUGCUCCAUUCCGUAUUCUUUCGUUUGAUAUUGAAUGUGCAGGUAGAAAGGGUGUCUUUCCAGAGCCCGGUGAAGAUCCAGUCAUCCAAAUUGCCAAUCUUGUCAAGAACCAAGGAGAGUCGGAACCAUUUAUCAAGAAUGUAUUCACAUUGAAAGGAUGCUCCAAUAUUGUCGGUGCUCACGUACUCACCCACCCCGACGAGAAGAGUUUGUUGCGAGAGUGGAGAAAGUUUAUCAUCAAGGUUGAUCCAGACAUUAUCAUUGGUUACAAUAUUGCCAAUUUCGAUCUUCCCUAUCUCAUUGAACGUUCACGUGCACUCAAGAUUGGUGACUUUUCACUUCUCUCUCGUAUCAAAACCACUCACUCCAAGAUUAAAAAGGCAACUUUUUCAUCGCAGAAUCUUGGUACUCGUGAGGGUAAAGAGGUGUCCAUGCCAGGUCGUACCCAGUUGGAUAUCAUUCAAGCCAUCCAACGUGACCACAAACUGUCGAGUUAUUCGCUCAACAACGUAUCGGCACAUUUCCUCAAGGAACAAAAGGAGGAUGUCCACUAUUCGAUCAUUGCCGACUUGCAAAACGGAACAGACGAUGACCGUCGUCGUCUAGCCGUCUACUGUAUCAAGGACGCACAGCUCCCACUCAAACUAUUAGACAAGCUGAUGAUUCUCAUCAACUAUGCAGAAAUGUCUCGUGUCACUGGUGUACCACUCAGCUAUUUGUUGGGUCGUGGUGAAGGUAUCAAGGUUGUUUCUCAACUCUACAGAAAGGCCAUGGAAGAGGAUCUACUACUUCCAACCAAACGUGUGUCUGAUGUCGAUGUCAGUUUCCAAGGUGCCUAUGUUAUUGAUCCCCAGGUUGGUUUCUAUGACGAACCCAUUGCAACACUCGAUUUUACCUCUUUGUAUCCAUCGAUUAUGAUGGCUCACAAUCUCUGUUAUACCACCCUUCUCACUGCUGCCGACAAGGAAAAGGUCGAUCCAAACGACUACACCCUCACACCAUCUGGUAGUGCCUUUAUCAAGCCAUCGCACCGAAAGGGUAUCUUGCCCAAGAUUCUUGAAGAACUAUUGGGUGCUCGUAAAAAGGCCAAGGACGAUCUCAAAAAUGAAAAGGAUCCAUUCAAGAGAGCUGUACUCGAUGGUCGUCAAUUGGCUCUAAAGAUUUCUGCAAACUCUGUAUAUGGUUUUACUGGUGCUCGUGUUGGUAAAUUACCUUGUCUUGAUAUUUCUAGAAGUGUUACUGCUUUUGGUAGAGUUAUGUUGGAUACAACUAAAAAUUAUGUUGAAAAUACUUAUACAAUUGCAAAUGGAUAUGAAAAUGAUGCAAAGAUUAUAUAUGGUGAUACAGAUUCUGUAAUGGUAAAGUUUGGAGUAAAGACUGUAGCAGAGGCAAUUGAAUUGGGUAGAAAGGCCUCAAAAGAGAUUACCGCCAAAUGUUUUAUUAGACCAAUCAAUUUGGACUUUGAAAAGGUUUAUUAUCCAUAUCUAUUGAUCAACAAAAAGAGAUAUGCUGGUUUGUUUUGGACAAAGACCGAUACACACGACAAGAUGGAUGUCAAGGGUUUGGAAGUUGUUCGUAGAGAUAAUUGUCCUCUUGUUAGAAUGGUUAUUUCAACUGUUUUAAAUAAGAUUCUAAUUGAUAAAGAUAUUAAAUCUGCUGAAGAAUUUACAAAAGAUAUUGUUAGCGAUUUACUUCAAAAUAAGAUUGAUAUUUCAAUGCUUGUUAUUACAAAGGCACUUUCAAAGAAUGAUUACAAGGGUAAAGUUAUUCAUAAUGAAGUAGCUCUAAAGAUGAGAGCAUUGAAUCCAUCGACUGCACCAGUUCUAGGUGAUCGUGUUCCAUUUGUUAUUACGCAGGGUAUUAAAAAUGCACCACUUCAUGAAAAGGCUCACGAUCCACUUCAUGUAUUGGAGAAUAACAUUCAACUCGAUACCAAGUAUUACUGUGACCAUCAACUUCGUGGUCCAUUGAUGCGUAUUUUCGAACCAAUUCUAGCAAACCCAGAGUCCAUCUUUACAGGUGACCACACCCGUUCUGUGCACAUUCAAUCGGCACCACCCACAAAGAGUUUCUUUUCAAGUCUUGAAAAGAAACGUAAAUGUAUGGCUUGUCCAAACGAAUUGGCUGCCAAUGAAUCAAGUGUCUGUAAAGAUUGUCGAAACAAGGAAGCCGAUUUAUAUCAAACCUCUCUUCAAAAUUUGACCAAUCUUGAAAAUCAAUUCUCUCAAACUUGGACUCAAUGUCAAAGAUGUUCAGGUUCUCUUCAUCAACCUGUUUUAUGUUCAAAUCGUGAUUGUCCAAUUUUCUAUUUAAGAACCAAAGUACAAAAAGAUUUAACUGAAGCAAGAAGAACUGUAGAGAAAUUUAGUAUCGAAUGGUAA